UUUAUGUAAAAGUAGUUAUAUAAAUUACUUGAUAUUUUUUAUUAUUUUAUUGAAGUAUUUUCUAAUUUCAAUAUAAUUAUGAAACUUUUCACUAGAUUAUUAUUAUUUACAGUUUUAAUGUGUGAAUCUCAACUUGCAUCAUGCGAUCAUUCCAAAGUUGAAAAAAUACUAAAUUCACUCAUUGAAAAAUGUUUUGCGGAUAAAAGUUUACAAUAUUUUCAAUGACAAAAGUAUUAAGUUGUGAAUAUGUCUCAUACUUGUCGAGUAAUGUAAACAUCUUUAUUUCUUAUUUCAAUGUUUGUAUGAACAUGAAUGAGGAACAAAAUAAAGAGGCUACAAUAAAAUGUUUACAAAAUCUUAAGACAUGUACUACUAAAGUAAAUACUGUAAUUACUUACUUUAUAAGUGCGUUGGAUUAUUUAAGUAACCUGACUGAUAUGGACUUGGAAACAUUUGUAAAUGAUUAUACAACCAUAUUGAAAGAAUUUAAGAAUUUCGAAAAAUUUUUACCAAAUCAUCUUUCUUCGGAUGCUGAAAACGUCAUAAUAAAUGAAAGUGACAUUUUAGAAUUAAAUAGAAAUAUUCAAGACAAACAAAACAAAGUUAAUAAUUGGACUCCAAUAUACUGUAAUAAUAUUUUUAAUGAAUCACCUGGUGAUGAAGUAAAUUACUUAAAAUUAUCAAGUGUAUUAAGCGAUGAAGAAUUAUUUAGUCUAUAUAUUAACGAUCCCACUAUUAUGCAUGAAAAAUAUAUGAAAAUCCUUAAUGAAAUUAUUGUAAAGUAUUAUAAAGAACUUGGAUUUAAAUACGUUAAUGAAACUAAUAAAACUAUUUAUAAUAUUUAAUAUUAUAUUAAAUUUCGAAUUUUAAAUUUUAAUCAAUUAUAUAUCAGUAAAUGUAUUUUGAGAAAAUAAAAUAAAUAGAAAUUAUAA